AUUCAAUCUUCUUUUUUUACAGUUGGAUAAUGCUGAUGAGCAAGCUGCUCAGGUUCGACGGGAGCUUGAUAGCCGACUACAGAUGGUGGAAACCAUGUGCAAGAAAAUGCGCCUAGAGCAACUAAUGAACGUUCCAGAUCAUUUGCGGAAGCAUCCGAAGUUUGUAGUGAAAGAAAUGGAGUCAAUGUAUACAGAUGAAUUGAAAGCACAGAUAAAUUUGUUGAUGGCCAACCUUGAAAGCCUGCCUGUUUCAAAGUCAGGAGGCUCGGACUCGAGACUUCAGAUGCUCAAACGCUAUCCCAGGACUCAGCAUACCUCUCUGUCGAAGAUGGACAUUUCUGAAGAUAAUGAACCUGGCUUGUCCAAAUUUGAUGUCGUUCUUUCAUUCACAUUGGAGGUACAUGUAGUGGAGGUGAAAGGUCUUAAAUCCUUGGCUCCUAACAAAAUAGUGUACUGUACAAUGGAGGUAGAGGGUGGGGAAAAGUUGCAGACAGACCAAGCAGAAGCCUCUAAGCCAAGCUGGGACACCCAGGGUGACUUCACUACAACCCAUCCUCUACCAGUUGUCAAGGUGAAACUGUAUACUGAAAGCUCAGGAAUGCUUAGUCUAGAAGACAAGGAACUUGGAAAGGUUGUUUUGCGGCCUACUGGGAACAGCAGCAGAUUGGCAGAGUGGCACAAAAUGAAGACAACCAAAAACUGUCCAGAUGACCUGUCUAUUAAAAUAGCAGUCAGAAUGGACAAACCACAGAAUAUGAAACACUGUGGGUAUCUCUAUGCAAUCGGAAAGAAUGUUUGGAAAAAAUGGAAGAAACGUUAUUUUGUUCUCGUCCAGGUAUCUCAGUAUACUUUUGCCAUGUGUAGUUACCGGGAAAGAAAACCAGAUCCCACAGAAAUGAUGCAGCUAGAUGGUUUUACUGUUGACUACUGUGAACCAGUGCCUGAAUUGGAGGGUGGGAAACAUUUUUUCAACACAGUAAAGGAAGGUGAUAACGUCACUUUUGCCUCUGAUGAUGAGAAUGAGCGUGCAUUGUGGGUUCAGGCAGUGUACCGAGCCACUGGACAGACACACAAACCAGUACCUCCAGUUGUUCAGACCAACAAAAUCAGUAACACGCAAAUUUCACGUAUGCAGGGAGAUGCAGAUCGUGCCAGGAAGCAUGGCCUGGACGAGUUUGUUCAAGCAUAUCCCUGUGACUUUGACCAUCAUGACUUCUUUAAAAUGUUACAAACUCUAACCCUCGACUACAGAUUGAAUGAUGCAUAUACUUGCUUGGGUUGGUUCAGUCCAGGUCAGGUGUUUGUGCUGGAUGAGUACUGUGCUAGAUACGGUGUUCGCGGCUGUCACCGGCACCUUUGCUACCUCAAUGACCUGUUAGAACGAGCGGAGAAUAGCAUCAUGAUAGACCCUACACUUAUACACUACAGUUUUGCCUUCUGUGCUUCACAUGUACAUGGAAACAGACCAGAUUGUAUAGGGACAGUAUUAUGGGCUGAGAGAGACAAGUUUGAUGAAAUCAAAGAAAGACUUAGAAUUCUGCUGGAAAAUCAAAUAACUCAUUUCAGGUACUCAUUUCCAUUUGGACGACCAGAAGGGGCUUUAAAAGCAACUCUGUCACUCCUGGAAAGGGUACUGAUGAAAGAUAUAGUAACCCCAGUACCCCCAGAAGAGGUCCGGUCUGUGAUAAAGAAAUGCCUGGAAAAUGCUGCCCUUGUUAACUAUACAAGAAUCUCAGAAUAUGCCAGAAUAGAAGAAUCGUACCAGGAGGAAGUGGGUCAGAAGAAACGUCUUGAGGACGUGAUGCACCUUGCUGAACUUUGUAUAGAAGUGUUACAACAGAACGAGGAGCAUCAUGCCGAGGCAUUUGCAUGGUUCAGUGAUUUGCUAGUGGAGCACGCAGAGAUCUUUUGGUCAUUGUUUGCAGUGGACAUGGACGCCACACUGGAAGCCCAGCCACCCGAUACAUGGGACAGUUUUCCCUUGUUUCAAUUGUUGAAUGAUUACCUUAGAACUGAUGAGAACUUAUGCAAUGGAAAGUUUCACCUUCACCUCAGAGACAUGUUCGCACCACAAGUGGUUAGAUAUGUCGACCUUAUGGAGUCUUCAAUAGCACAAUCAAUACAUAGAGGAUUUGAGAAAGAGCGCUGGGAAACACAGGGUAAUGGUUGCUCCACAUCAGAAGAUAUGUUAUGGAAGCUAGAUGCACUACAGUCAUUUAUUCGUGACCUUCACUGGCCCGAGGAAGUAUUUGCAGAACAUCUUGACCACAGGCUCAAACUCAUGGCCGCAGACAUGAUAGAAGCUGCUGCCAAAAGAACGUUGAAAUCGUUUGAGACGUACCUGAGGAAAGGUGGUCGAAGUACAGACUAUUUCGUACCACCUGAAGUGUGUGUCAUGAUGAACACAAUUAUUGACUGCAAGAACAAGGCAUUACAUCUGUGUGCAUUGGAUAGUGGGGAUAUGCAUCAGUACCAUACCCAGAUAGAUGAGUUCCUGGAGCGUGUGCAGGUUCAGAUGGUGAAAUGUAUCAUAGAAAAAUUACUGUCCGUUCUUGAGUCCGUUCUAAGUAAGCUGUCAAGAUACGACGAAGGAACCUUCUUCUCUUCAAUACUCUCAUUAACAAAACCAGUUAAUGAAUUAGGCAAAUCUUAUGUAGAUUUUAUGCGUGGAAAUCUAGACAUUUUACGACAAAAAAUCAUUGAUGAAUUAUUUGUUCUGUCCAUAUUUGAGCAAUGGUACCAUGAUGAGAUGAAGAUGAUCUGUGAUUGGCUGACAGAUAGACUUGACCUUUCCCUUCACCCUUACCAGCUCACCUGUAUCAUGGCUAUUACUAGAAAAUGUUACUCAGAUUUUGAGCUGCAAGGUGUUCUAGAAAACACAUUAAAUAGCAAAACCUACCAGACGAUCUGUAGUAGAUUACAGGUCGAAGAAGCUACGCAAUCAGUGACACAAUCCGAGAAUAGUAGCCGAACACGUUUCCUUCCAGGCGUUGGUAGUAACGCAAGUGCAAGUGGCGACGAUUCAGACUGAAUAAAGAACACUUUCUCAUUGCAUGGGAAUCUUAUUUAUUGAAUGACAUUUAUCGUUAUCGAAUAUAUGCAUACCAUACUGAUUAUAAUAAGCAGCCUGUUUAGAAUUUUUUAAUUAAUUAAGGUGAACACAGGCUUAUAGAUUGUCUGAUAAUUGUGAAGCAAUAUUGAAAACAUCAUAUGACUACAGACAUGUUUUUUUUCUUUAAAGAUGGACCGGAACCUUUAAGCAGUUUAAAAGUUUAAUUUCAUAGGAUAUAACAUUCAAUUUCAUAAGCUCUCUUUCCCUUUGUUUGAAAUACCGCAGGGGAGGGAGUGGUAGUGAUUAGAAACAAUACAAUACUUGCUUAGGAAAAAAACAAAACAAAUUAGUAUUUUGAAUAAAUGAUGAAUCUCGAAAUGUUUUGAGAUAUUGAACAUGUGUGGGAGGAAUAGGUGUAUGCAAAUUGUAUAUGAUAUUUGAGUAGUGUUUAGAACAUAGCUGUACACUUUCAGACAAAAAAUUUCGGUGAUAAUAACAAAACCAGAUUUAAACCAGAGUGUAAAUCAUCUCAUUUUGUAAAUACCUGUCAUACAAUAACACAUUUAUUGCAUUGUUUUUAGCUGCAUGUUGUUCAAUAUGGAUAUUUAUACACUUCACUGUGUGUAGUAUAUUUGAAUUAUAUAUUCACCAUCUUGUAAAUUCAUACAAUAUGUAUAUUAUUCAUCUCUUUGACUUUUAAAUGUUUACACAGUAUUUUAUUCACUUUUUUGUAAUAUGUAUAACAAUACAAAUAUAUAUAUAUAUAUACUGCAGUCAACACAGUUUAAAAAACUUUC